UUUUUCCUUUUUCUCAAUUAUUUCUCAUUCAAUUUGUCCCAAAAGUAACUAGUUUUUUGCUGGUCUUAAAACAAAAAUAAAGUUAUUUCUAAAAGUACUCAAUCGAAAUGAGUGAAGCGACCGUUCUUAGUGGCUCUUCCGAUAUUGUGAAGAUUAACAUUUCCAAUUCACAGACCGAUGCAAUUUCAUUUGAGCGGAAGUAUAGUAAAUCGCUUAAAAUAUGCGAAUUUAAGGCCAAAUUGGAGCCAAUUACAGGUGGAUCAGCAGCCACAAUGAAGCUGGAACUUUAUCGAGGCGAACGGCUGGUCUGUCGACUGGAUGAUGAUGACCGACCGUUGGGAUAUUAUUCGAUUGAAGACGGCAUGCGGGUGCAUGUGAUAGACAAUUUCGCCUUUGUUCAAGAAAACGUACAAAAGUUUGAACUAAGUCAGGAAGAAUACGACCGGAAACAAGAGAGUGUUAGGAACUACCUUCGGCAAAACAAACUGGGUAAGUAUAACGAGGAGGAAAUGCGUAAAUUAGAGGAAGAACGCAAAAAACAGCAAGAAGAGGACAAUAAGAAGUUGGAGCAAACGAGUGUUGGCGCUCGAUGCAAAGUUACGACCAAAGGAAAUCCGACUCGUUUGGGAACAGUCAUGUUCAAAGGUGAGCUUGACGGCAAGCCUGGUCAGUUUUUCGGCAUUAAGUUCGACGAACCAUUAGGAGUGAAUGAUGGAACUUGUAACGGAAAACGAUACUUUGAUUGUCCACCCAAAUAUGGCAGUUUUGUUGCGGUUAAAUCAGUCGAGAUAGGAGAUUUUCCACCGGAAAACUAUGAUUUGGAUGAUGAAUUGUAGGAGUAAUACACCUCGUCAUUCCAACCAUCUGCGUUAAAAUUAAUCUCGAACGAACUUUAAUCCUAUAAGUAUUUAUCACUUAAUUGCUGACACAAUAUAUGUAUCGCUUAUGCU